AUGAGGACGACGUAUUAUCUGAUGCAGUUUUCUGAGACAAAGGCACUAGGCGAUGCUAUUGGAUUUGGGUUUGCCUUUGUGUUUGCCUCUGUGUUUGGUAUCAGGCUAUACAAUACCCGGAAGCUAGUGCCAUCCGACCUUCUUUCAGCACUCUCUCUAGGUGCCCUGGGAGUCUUCUAUGCUGCUUACUUGCAAGACAAGGUGUGA